AUGUGGAAGUGUGUUCUACUUGUAUUUUGUAGUAUUCUAAUAUUGGUGCAGGGCCAAGAUGAUUGGCUACAGGUGAACAUUACUCAAGGACCGGUGCGCGGGCGUAAGGAUCCUAACGGUGGUCUCUACGUGUUCUAUAACAUUCCAUAUGCUACUGCGCCCACCGGGAGAGAUAGAUUCAAGGCUCCCCUUCCCCCUCCUGUAUGGAUGUCACCGCUAGACGCUGUUAAUAGAAACAUCCGCUGCCCGCAACCCAACGUACUAGAGCACACUCAGGAAGAUUGCCUGGUAGUCAACCUGUUCGUCCCUGAUACCACAGACACUAAUCUACCUGUCUUGGUGUUUGUCCAUGGAGGAGCUUUUCAGAAUGGUCACGGCCUUUCUGACCAAUAUCGAGAAUUAGUGCGAACCAAUAGACUAAUAGCAGUUUCAUUUAACUAUAGAAUAGGUGUCCACGGGUUCCUAUGUCUUGGCACUGAAGGUGCUCCUGGUAACGCAGGAAUUAAGGAUCAGGUAGCAUUACUACAUUGGGUAAACACCAACAUUGCCAAAUUUGGAGGUAAUCCACAAGAUGUGACCCUAGCCGCCUGCAGUGCGGGUUCUGGUGCAGUAGAUGUCUUAACACUCUCAAGUGCUACGACAGGUCUGUUCCAGAAAGCUAUUCUGGAGAGCGGCAGCAGUACAGGAGCUGUUGGUGUAAUAAUUGAUCCCAUCCAAAACGCUAAAAAUUAUGCAAAGGUGCUGAAUUUUGAUAAUGUUGAUGAUUUAGAUAGUUUAGAAGAAUUUUACAGAAAUGCUCCGUUUCAACUGUUAACUUCACGUGUUGAUGAAAUAGUAGAUAAUAAGGAUACUGCUGUUCGAUUUGCUCCCUGCGUGGAACGAGAUAUAGGCCAGGAGCGAGUUAUUACGGACGCACCAAUGAAUGUCAUUAAACGCGGUAACUACACCAAGGUCCCUUUGCUAUACGGAUUUACAAAUAUGGAAGGCGCGAUGAGACUUCCUUAUUUUGAUGACUGGAAAGUUCAAAUGAAUGAGAAAUUCUCAGAUUUCUUACCAGCGGAAUUGCAUUUUGAUAACGACGAGGAGAAAGAACAGGUUGCUCAGAGAGUCAAACAAUUUUAUUUUGGAGAUAGCGACGUGAGUGAAGACACCAUAGAACAAUUUCUUCUGUACUUUACUGAUGUUUUAUUUGCGUAUCCAAUGUUGAAAUCUUUGUCAGCUCGAGUAGAAGCUCUUGGUGACACAAUUUAUCUGUUUGAGUACUCGUUUGUGGACGAAGAUACACCAAGUUUUCCUCAUACUAAUGUUCGUGGAGCUCAGCAUUGCUUCCAAUCAAGAGCAGUUCGUGAUCAAGAUCUGACUGGUAGAACAGAUGCUUACAGGCGGAUGGUACAAAUAGCCAGAGAAUACACACUCAACUUUAUACUCACUGGAUCUCCAACAUCAACCGAUGCACGUUUUCCAUUAUGGCGUCCAGCGAAUGCUCAAAGGUCUCCUCACAUGUCGAUAGGUCCUGUCAUAGAGCUGAAGGAUGAUAUUUUGGGAGACAGGGCAGCAUUGUGGGACUCCAUCUACGAGGAACACUACCGAGGCCCACUAGUCCCUGAUGGUUAUACGGGUGCCGCCUCAUCUAUAAUGAUCUCGAAAAUAAUAAUUUUCAUGGCAGUUACCGUUGGCAUGUUAAAUUGGUGA